AUGGAGGGACUGAAAAACAGCUGGGCGGCGUUCAUUGUGCAGCAUGGCAGACAGGCAAUCCCAGCCAACAAUCCACCCGGCAGACGGGUGUCACUAGUAUCGAGGCGUAAACAGUUCCUCAGUACGAUAUUGGAAUUUGGAAAACAGCAAGGAGUUUCCAGAGAAACCCUACAUGUAGCCAUGGGAAUUCGUUUCUUUCACACCGAUAUGCAGUGGUGCUUGCUUUCUCGCACCCUCCCUCCCCCCGGUGGUUGA